GUCCCCCACUCCAGGGCCUCUUGGGUGAGACCUUGCUCUGGAAGGAACCAUGGACCUCUUGCUUUGGUCACUCUACUUCCUGCCAGUAUCUGGUGGUCUGAGGAGCCUCCCAGAAGUAAAGCUGGAGGGAGAGCUGGGCGGAUCAGUUCUCAUCAAGUGCCCACUUCCUGUAAUGAACGUGAGAAUAUAUCUGUGCCGGGAGAUGGCUAAAUCUGGAGUGUGUGCUACCGUGGUGUCCAACAACAACUUUGUCAAAGAGGAAUACAGGAGCCGCGUCAGUCUGGAGCUGUGCCAAGACAAGAGUCUGUUCCUAGUGGAGGCGACAAAACUGAGCAAAAGUGACAGCGGAGUCUACGCCUGUGGGGUGGGCGUGAACAAAGACUGGGCCAAGACCCUGCAAGUCACCCUGAGUGUCCACAAUGAGUAUGAGCCAUUCUGGGAAGAGGAGCCGACACCUGAGCCUCCAAAAUUGUUUCAAAAAUUUCUGCGCCUGCGGAUGCCCUUUUGGCAGAUGUCUGCACGUGCCAGUUCUGAAUUCAUAUCCAAAGUUACCACACCAGCUCGAAGGACAGAGGCCCCUCCAGCCAACCACACCUCCCCCACCACCCCAAUCAGACACUACCCUCGAGUUUCCAGAGCAUCUUCAGUACCAGCUGCCAAUCCCUCAACCCUACUGCCAUCCACCACAGCUUCAAAGACCCCAACUCGGGAGGGACUGCUCAGGCCCCAGCCAGCCAGCCACAACCACCACACCAGGCUGCACAGGCAGAGGGUGUCUGAAGGUCCUUGGCUCCCAGCCCCAUCUCUAAAGACCGGCUAUGAAUAUGUGGGCUUCUACCACCAGCCUGCUGCCACGAUGGAGGACAAUGAUUCAGAUGACUACAUCAAUAUUCCCAGCCUGACUCACCUACCCAGAUGUCCCCUGGGCCCAGACCUUGGUGCCAAUGAGUCUUGUCUGUCUGUUGAUUUCUGAUACCUGCUCCAUCUAUUCUUGGAGCCCUCAUUACCUCCCAUGCCCUGUCUGGACUCUCACCCCCAUCUGCCUGUGCCCUGAGCAUGGCUCUGUCCCGAGUUCCUCUUGCACACUUUUCCAGCUCGCUGUGGUUGUCAGUGGGCUCUGGGCAUACAAAGAAUUUGUCCCAACGCCGCUUGCCUCCUUUCCAUCACAUUUUACAGGCUGUGGGAUUUGCAGAGAGUUUCCUCAAUGUCUUUGGUCACUGUGUCUUUGCUGCCCUGGUUCUAGAUCAUGUGGCAUCAGGCUGGAGCAUAGGCCUAGCUGUUGCUUCAGGAGCCUCACACAAGUAUGAGCGUACUUUUAAAAGUUCAUGGAAAAAUAGAAUUGGAAGAUAAUACAAUUUUUUUCCAUGAACUCUUUGAAGUACUCUCAUAGAAAGCCCUUGAGCUACAC